UCCUUUUAGCUUCGUCUGAAACAAUUCGCAGCUCAAACGCCCCCCGGAGAGCCCCUAACCUUUGGAUAAGGUUUGGCACCGGUAUCCUGUUUGGGUUAAUUAGGAGUUAGGGGGAGCCCAGGAGCGACGCAGCCUCCAUCCAUUCUUCCAUUCCUCCAUCCCUCCAUCCAUCCCACCGUCCCAGUAUCUCCACCAUAUCCCUCCAGCGCCUCUUGCUCCCUCCACCCCGAGUCCCGGCGGAGCGGCUCGCUGCGGGCGGCGAUGGGGAGAAGCCGAGGUGGGCGCACUGCGAUGGAGACGCGACGAGCUCUGCCAGGGGCUCGUUUUGCCGCCCGUCUGCUGAGAGCCGCUGGCUGCUGACAACCUCCCCAUCCCUUUCCCCAUCCCUUUCCCCAUUUCCGACCUGACUGUCGGCCCUCCACCCCCUCCUUUCAACCCGGUCCCACCGCGGAGCAGCGCGGAGCGGGCGGCGGGGCGGGCGGGCCCGCAGCUCCUCCGCAGCGGUGUCAUGCCCCUGGGCACCCCGGCCAGGAGCCGCCCGCACUGCGCUGGGACGCGGAGGUAGCGGCUCGGAGCAGCCUCCCCCUCCUCAAAGCCCACAGCCGCCCCUCACCAGGCGCUGACGUCCCGGCCGCCGCCCCGUCGCUCCCCCUUGCCCCGUCGGGUCUCUCCGUCCCCGAAGCUGUCCCAGCAGCGGAGCCGACCAGCCAUCCACCAUGGCCACCCUCCUGCGCAGCAAGCUGUCCAACGUGGCCACCUCGGUGUCCAACAAGUCCCAGGCGAAGAUGAGCGGCAUGUUCGCCAGGAUGGGCUUCCAGGCGGCCACCGACGAAGAGGCGGUGGGGUUCGCUCACUGCGACGACCUGGACAUGGAGCAUAGGCAGGGGCUGCAGAUGGACAUCCUGAAGUCCGAGGGUGGCGAGGAGGGGGGCGAGAGUCCCCUUGAAGGGGACAUCCACUAUCAGCGGGACGGCACCGGGCCUCUGCCGCCCUCCGCCUCCAAGGAGGCUGGAGUCUGCUCGGAGCUCUCCGGGCAGGGAAAGCCCAAGAUCACGGCCUGGGAGGCGGGCUGGAAUGUCACCAACGCCAUCCAGGGGAUGUUUGUGCUGGGCCUGCCCUAUGCCAUCCUUCACGGUGGAUACCUAGGACUCUUUUUAAUCAUUUUUGCCGCGGUGGUUUGCUGCUACACUGGGAAAAUCCUUAUUGCCUGUCUCUAUGAGGAGAAUGAGGAUGGGGAGAUAGUCAGGGUGAGAGACUCCUACGUGGACAUAGCGAACGCGUGCUGUGCGCCUCGCUUCCCCACCCUGGGAGGCAGGGUGGUGAAUGUGGCUCAGAUCAUUGAACUGGUCAUGACCUGCAUCCUCUAUGUGGUGGUCAGUGGGAACCUGAUGUACAACAGCUUCCCCAACCUGCCCGUCUCCCAGAAGUCGUGGUCCAUCAUUGCCACGGCAGUGCUCCUGCCCUGCGCGUUCCUGAAGAACCUGAAGGCAGUCUCCAAGUUCAGCUUGCUCUGCACGCUUGCCCACUUCGUCAUCAACAUCUUGGUGAUCGCCUACUGCCUCUCCAGGGCACGUGACUGGGCCUGGGACAAAGUCAAGUUUUACAUUGAUGUGAAGAAGUUUCCCAUCUCCAUUGGCAUCAUUGUCUUCAGCUACACCUCUCAGAUCUUUCUGCCUUCCUUGGAGGGGAACAUGCAGAAUCCCAAGGAGUUUCAUUGCAUGAUGAACUGGACUCACAUCGCAGCUUGCAUCCUUAAGGGACUCUUUGCUUUGGUUGCCUAUCUGACCUGGGCUGAUGAGACCAAGGAAGUCAUUACAGACAACUUGCCAUCCACCAUUAGGGCAGUAGUCAACAUUUUCUUGGUGGCCAAAGCCUUGCUGUCAUACCCCUUGCCGUUCUUUGCAGCUGUGGAAGUCCUAGAGAGGUCCCUUUUCCAAGAUGGAAACAGGGCCUUCUUCCCCAACUGCUAUGGAGGCGACGGGCGGCUCAAAUCCUGGGGGCUCACCCUCAGAUGUGCCCUGGUAGUUUUCACCCUGCUCAUGGCUAUCUAUGUCCCACAUUUCGCCCUCUUGAUGGGUCUCACUGGGAGCCUCACAGGCGCAGGGCUCUGUUUCCUGCUCCCCAGUCUUUUCCACCUCAAACUCUUGUGGCGGAAGCUCCUGUGGCACCAUGUCUUCUUUGAUGUGGCUAUUUUCGUUAUAGGUGGCAUCUGCAGUGUCUCUGGGUUCAUCCACUCUUUAGAAGGCCUGAUAGAGGCCUUCAGAACCAACGCUGAAGAUUAAGGAGGGGCCAGAGCUGGCUGCAGUAAGAGAAUUGCAUCGAACAUCUGCAUAGCCAAAUAAUUCUGCAUCCCUUUAAUGGCAAGAGUCAUUAUUUUCGUUACGUGCAUCCCACAAAUUCUCUGCCGCAGAAGCUGCAAAUGAAGAGAAAAGAAGAAGAGAGAGAAAUAUUGUCCCCGCUGCCAUUUUAACUGAGCAAAGAUUUAAAUCUAUUUUUGUGUUAUUUAGAGAUUUUGGAAGGAAAUGAUGAGGUGCCCUGCCCCAGUCUCCUCACUUGUUGCCUGAAGCUUGGCCCCACAGCCCCCCCCCCCCUCCGGCCCCCCCCCCCGCGAAUGGCCCGUUGGGAAGCAGUCGCAGCUUUCAACACUCCUCACAGAUAUGCAAUUCAGUGUUUCAGGAGCUGAAACACAGCUGCCGAUCCGAUGGGAUUGGGCUCACCGACGGGAGCACACCCAGCCGUAGGCGCUGGGAGCAGGGACCUUCAUUUAUACCCACUGUGAGAUGGAUGGAGGUGAGACCCAGAUUGUAUGACCAGCCCCCAACGAGUCCAAGCAGUGGCUGCUGAGCAGCGAUGCCGGUUAGCUGCAAUGUUUACACCCUAGUCACACCCAUGUCAGGAUUGCUUCGUCCUUCCAUCCCAAUCCACACCCAGGAACAGGCGCUUCCCGCCGACGACCUUGAAAUCACAAGCCUGGAGUCCACUUUGUCGGUGGCUUUUCAUUUCGUUUUCACACCUGUCCUUUCUACGUGAUUGGAAGUUAAACAAACAAAACAAAAGGAAGCAAUUAAUAGGUUAUUGUUGGAUUUGACAUCGUUCAGGAUACAGGAACAAAAAAAAACAAACCCCAUCCCUCCGACACGAUUCAUUCUGUGCAAUCUACCAGAUCCGUGGAGCUGUUUCCGAUGUACGUGUGGUGUCAUUGUGGUAAAUAAGAUGAAAAACAAAACAAAUGUAUAUCUGAAAAAAGAAAAAAAAGAAACACACACCUCUAUCUUUAACAUAUAAUGUGGUACAUAAAUAUAUCGAACAAUAAAAGAGAACAUAGUCGA